CACAUACAAAGCAGAAGAGUAGUAAACGUAAAUACGCGGCUAACAAAUUUUUCGACUUUUUUUUGAAUAAACGAAGCGCAGUAGUGAUAUAGAAAUUCAUUUUUGUUUUCUUUAAUUUCGGUUGUAAAUAAAGUGCAAAUAUGCUAAAAAGUGAAGCCGCGAUCAGUACAAAAAAUGCCAUCACCGUAAAUAGUGCAUCCCCUGGUGAUUCACUGACACCACAACAACAUCAAAACGAACCGUUAUCACCACAAAUUUUAGACGCUUACCGGGAAAUUGCCAAACGCAAUGCAAUCGAUGAUUUUGAAUUGUCUUUGCAGCCAAUCGGUGGCCCAGGUGAAAAUUCAUACGGUUCUGUGCAUAAAGUUCUGCUCACACCGAAGCGCGCACUUCCUACAUUAACGACUUUACGUCCGCUUCAUACAAUACUCAAAAUAGCGCCUAAAAGCCCGGCGCGCCGCGCGCACAUGCGCGUCAAGGAUGUUUACGCGCGCGAAGUGUUUAUGUAUGCGACUGUGUUUAGUGAAUUUGCGGCGCUUGACGAGGCGCACGAUGCUGCUCAUUGCGCUCACUUCAGCGUCGCACCGCAAAUGUUGUUUGCCUCAUUGGAGGAUAGUGCCGAGUUUAUUAUAUUCGAAGAUUUGUCCAAUGCAGGUUUUAUGAUUAAUUCGCGCACUAAUUUGCCCACCUACGAUUUGGUGGUGUGCGCAUUUCGUGCCAUUGCGCAGUUGCAUGCGAUGUCGUUCGUGCUGCAAGCGCGUCAGCCGCAACGGUUUGCCGCUUUGGUGGCACAAAUGGAUGAUAAUUUGUUUACGUUGGAUAUGGAAGUGGUGUCAUUGGAGUUUGGCAAGAAAUAUGUGCGACGCACACGACACAUGCUCGAGGCAGAUUUGAAGGAGAGCGGUGAGCAUACGUCGCAGAUGCAGGAAGUGUUGCAGGCAUUGCAGAAAAUCGAGACUAAUUUUCAUGAGAUUUGUUUGGACGCGGUCAAUGGUGUAGCGUAUGCGCCCUAUUCGGUGAUUUGUCAUGGCGACUUCUGGAACAAUAAUAUUCUCUAUGAGUUUGAUACCACCAACCAACACGCCGCGACUAAGGCCAAACUAAUUGACUUUCAAAUUUCGCGCUAUUCACCACCAAUCUUAGAUUUGGUACACUACCUUUACGCCUGCACCGAGAAGCCGCUACGAGAUGCGCAUUUUCAUGAAUUCAUGCAAAUCUACUACGACACAGUGACACAGUUUAUACGCGACUACCGAUUGGACCCCACAAUAUUGUAUCCUGAAACGAUAUUCAGACAACAAUUGCGUCAAUUUGGUGCUUAUGGUUUUUGCAUGUCGGCUUUCUCAGUGCCAUUUUUCGUAUCGAACGCCAGUGAAUUACCCGAUUUGGAUAAAGUUUCGGAAGCGGUGCAAGAACUCUCCUCGGACAGUUCGGAUACGGAUGAAAGAAACAAUGAAGUUGGAGUUGAGCAACAGAGUGGCAGGUCACAACAAAAAAGUAACAAGAAUGACAACAACAAUGCGAUAUCACCAAAAAGCCAAAGCGCAGCAGAAUUGGUAGAUGAAUACGACAUACUGACGGAGCGUACUUUGCCGAUAUUCAAAAAACGUAUGAUUGGUAGUGUGUUAGAUUUGCAAAAAUACGAAAUGAUUGAAGCCUUAUUGAAAUAUUAGCAAGUAGAUGUGGGAGGUGGAAGGUGGGAGAUAAAUGUGUAUAUAUGUGUAUGUGUGGAAAAGAAUUGGUUGUACUGUUGAAGGUAGGUGUUAUUAUCAUGUGUUAUAAAUGGGAGAGGGCAUGCUUUAAAGCCUCUGCUGUUGUUGCUAUUGUUGUUGUAGCCUCGCGUCAGAAACAGUUACAGUGCAGGUUAGGUUAGGUAUUUGUGGCAGUCGGCUUAGAGUAGCCAACUCCCUUAGACUACGUAGGACCAUUGUGGUACCACUGUGUAACACGGGAACCUUACUGUUUGGUUUUCAUGGAACCAGUUAGACUAUUUUAUGAAGCGUAGAAUAGGUUUUAUCCCAACACCGGAUAGUUCCGUAAGAGAGUCAAAAUGAUAUUUUCCUAACAACCUUUAAUCCUAGCUAAGGCUGGACAAUUACAGAGGAAGUGUUCUACUAUAUCUUCCUCUUUCUCAUCUCUACAAUUUCUGCAGUAUUCAAGUGAAAAUACUCAUAGCCUACGUAACAGUUAAUGACCGGCAACACAAGCCGCGAUCUUCGAGAUGAUAUCUCCUGAGAGGUGGAGCAAUUCUCUUUAUCUUUUCUUAUCUAUUUGCGGCUAAAUUAGCCGGGUUGUAACACAAGUAUUUUCCUUUCGCCAUGACCUAUUAGCCUCCGGGAGAAUAUUAUUUUUUAUCCUUAAUUUGCAAGUUUCCACAGGAAUGCCAAUAUUGCCUACGUUUUCAAGCAGUAGAAGAUUAGUACUCUUUCUGUGUAGCUUAUCAGUCUUACAAUUUCCUUCAAUAUCUCUAUGUCCCGGAACCCAUAUAAGGCUGACCUUGAAGACUACACAGUUGUUGUAAUGGCACAAAAAUUAUUUGUAACAUAAAUUCUUGUUGUUACAGUCAGUUCAGAGUUAUGGUGGAAUCAAACGCAUUUGUAUCCGUUCUAAGAAAAAUUACAGCAACAUCAUUCCUCAAAACUGUAGACUUCUUCUAUUCGCCACUUCUUCGCGCACUAUAUCUCCGCUCGGCUCACUUGAUGAAAAAUGUGCAUGUGAAAGCAACAACAAAGUUAUCCAGCAAGACUCCCGCUAGCGAGUAUGGUUAUACCUCAUAAAACUGGAUUAACUCACUAUUUCACAAGCAAAUGUAAUUUUAGGCAGGUCUACACGGUGAAGUCCAAAUUAAACAAGACUGAGCUAAAAUAGAAACAACAGGAGCUUUAUUCUGAUAACUUCGAGUUUUUUUUAUUCAAAAUAGACCCCUCUGGUCCCUCUACAAAAGCUUUUCGAAAGAGUGUUUCAGGUCAUUGGCCGGAAUGUCAUUCAGGAUGUCGGUAAAAGCCUUUUCGAUGGCCUCUACGGACGCAAACCGUUUUCCCUUCAUGGCCAAAUACAAUUUUUCGAAUAGGUAGAAGCCACAGGGAGCCAUAUCAGGCGAAUACGGUGAGUGAUUGAUGGUUAAAAUGCGAUUCCUAGUCAAAAAAUUAGUCACAAGAGUUGAUCAGUGAGAUGGUGCAUUAUCAUGCAAUAAGCGCCAGGUUUCUCCUUUGCGGUAUUCAGGGCGAAUUCGACUAAUGCGAUGCAACAAACGCUUCAAAACGCCAAGAUAGAAAAUUUCAAUGACUGUUUGGCCCAUUGGCACGAACUACUUGGGGACAAUUUCCUUGAAAUCGUAAAAACAAAUGAGCAUCGAUUUGUUUUUUGACUUAGCCAAACGCGAUUUUUUGGGUGGUGGCUCGUCUGAGGGCUUUCAUUCGACACUAUGACGCUUAGUUUCAGGUUCAUGUUGGGAAACUACGUUGCAUCACCAGUUACAAUGUUGUAAAGGAAGUUCUCGUCUUUUCUCACCUCUUUAAUGAGGUCUCACGAAUGUUGAAUUCUGAGCAAUUUUUGGUCUUCAGUUAACUUGUGCGGAACGAAACGUGCACAGACCUUUCGUAAGCCCAAACGAUCAGUUAAAAUGCGAUAAUUCGAUGUUUUGGAUAUAUUCAACUCCCAUUCCAUGAACUUCAACGAUGAUUUCGUUUAAUUUUUCAUAAAUUUACGGACCAUUUCGGUGAAGUUUUCAGUGAUUACUGAUUUGGGCGGUCCGUAUAAUCAUCGUCAUUUAUGUCCCCACAACCAUCUCUGACACGUGUUAACCAUUCAUGAACUCUGGCACGGAAUACACCAUCAUUACCAUUUAGAAUGUUUCGGUACACGUUUUACCGAUUUUAAAACACAAUUUGAUAUUAUCUCCUGGUUCGAAACUCAUUUUUGUACCGAUGGCACAAACAUACUGACACUUUAGACACAAUAACUUCGCUUCCACUGAACCGAAUGUCAUCAAACGUUCACUAGAAGUCAGCUAGUGAUGUAACUUCCAACGCACUAACUCAUUAAAAAGAUGGCGCCAUCAGAAACAUUUUUAUGACGCCAGUCUUGUUUAUUUUGGACUUCACCUUGUAUUCCAGCGUCGCCAAGAUAUGCUCAUUUAUACCAGUUGCUUCAUCUAUUCGCCACUCGCUUAAGCUUCACGUAAAGCAGAGGCCUUAUAUAUGCUGUUACAAUCACAAAACCAACAACAGGCAUUUGACGAACAUUUUGUUAGUGGUGAUAAUUACUGUAAUUAUUAUUAGUCUAAUAAAUUUUUUUAAUAAAACAUCAUUCACAAAUCACAAAGUGAUAAGCAGGAGCUUAGGAUGACCGACCGAUUGGUUAAAUAUACAAAGAAAUUGUAGAAAAUAUUUACAUUAAAAAAUAAUUAGUUAUCAAUUUUUGUUGUUACAGAUUCAUAUUUUUUAUAUUGUCAUAUAGUUGAAUUGUUAUAUUAAUCUUGAUAGUUACGAUACAGGAAUUGCAUAGAAGCUAACAAAGGUACCUUUCGAAAGAAAUAGAAUUAAACUAUACAAAUGUGAUUAAAAGGAAUUGUACAAAAUAUAAUAUUAUUCUUCAUUAUAACAGUAUUGAAUAUAAAAAACAAAAACAAAAAAUUAUUGUAACUCAACAAAAGUGUGGUUGUUAAGGUUAGUACAUACUAAGUACAAUGUGUGGAGGCUAAAAGUUCCAUUAAAGUGCUGCUUGUGAUUAAUAUGAGAAAAGUUAGUGCGAAAGGCCGAAAAAUGUAGAAUUAUUUUAAAAAUACAUGCAUGUAUUACUUUAUCUAUAUAUAUAUAAUUUUUUUUUUAAUUUUUGUGUUAUAUUUAUUCAUGUAAGCACUUAAAAAUAUACAAAUUA